AUGACAGACACACGAGAUUAUCAUCAUCACCCGUCCAGUGUAUUUUCAACAGACACUAUGAAAUUGACCAGUAGCGCCUCUGAACAGAAUGUGUACUUUACAUACGUGUGUCUUGUCAACGACAUCAAGCCAAGUGGAAACCUAACAUCUAACUUUAAAACAUGUGACAAGUUAUCUGCUGCUGAUGUUUCUUCUACGUUAAAUGCAGAGGUAAAUCAAGAAGAGCAAACAAUUCAAGUAGAAAGAUCAAAAGCACUUCAUGAACUUUUGAAUAUUGAAUCCUACAAGAAAGCCGAUUUAGGUGAAGAAAUCGGAGAACGUAACGACGCUGAAUCAUCCAAACAACCAACCACAUCAGGAGAAGAUAGCGAGCUAUCUGAGAACGAUGAAAAUAAUUUCCUUCCCUGCGACAACCCCAAUGUCUUAAAACUAACGAAAAUGAAGUGGCUCUCUGAAGAUCAGGAAGAUGGCCACAAUUCUAGUUCACCAUCGGUAUCACCAGUUUCAUCAAGUUCUAACUGCAGUAAAAUUUCUGAGGAAGACCUCAAAGAAAGGAACGAGAUGGAAGAUAAAUAUUUGUCGACUAUACUGCGAUUAGACAAAGAACACAAUAUGUUUGGAUUGUCCAACAUAGCCAUCGUUGGAGCCAAACAAUCGAAGAUUAAACGUAAAGACGACGAAAAGGCUGUGUUCCAUCAAACAGCUAUAGUUCAAGUAUGCUGUGGUAAAAGUUGCUGCAAGCAUAAGAGUAACACCGAUUUGCCCGCAUCUUUGAAGUGUGGCGGUGGUUGUCGAGGCUGCUGUACUGACCCAUUCUGUGCAAUAUGCGCGUCUCCUUGUAGCAAAGUUUGUUUGGAUGAACCGUCAUGUAUAACAUUGCCAUCGUGCGGUACUUGCCCAAGAGGACGGUGCUCUUGCAAGUACUCGCGCCCGACCUCCAGAUGCGCGAUUGAUUGCAAUAAUUGUUAUGGCUUAAAGAUCAAAGUAAAUCGAAAACCAAAAUUCGACGACCCAGUUGUAGAAUUAACUCCUCGUUCCAGCUGUGUUUUGCAUAAGCCAAUGGCAGCUAGAUCCUGCCAUCAUCUGCCGCAAUGCAUACCACCGUCUUCUUGCUUUCCAUACCUGAUGCCGUGCUACUGGCCGUCUCGACCUUCUGCCCCUUGUGCCACACCAACCCACUGCUUCCAUAAUCCUCCAUGUCCACCUGCCAGGAAACGACAGAGAGUUCCUGUACCUCCUGAAUACAUUUGCCCUGAAAAAUGUGUGGAUGACGCCAAAAACACAAAAUGUCCCAAUGAUCAAUGCCCUGGGAACAAUCCCCUUAUGAGAGCAGUAAUUGAAAAAAGAUUUAAAGAAGUCAAGGAAUAA